AUGGCAGACGCACUCUGCGGCCCUUCAAAUGCUCUACAGAACUUCCAGAAACAUGCUUCUGUAGACCGGACCCUUCAGCAGGAUAGGAUCUCUACGCGACAGUCUCCUGCUCAGGGGUUUCGAUCAAAUACGUCGUCCCAGGGACAACUAGAUGCAGCGUUCAAUGCUUUCGAAGCUGGCCACUCGGCCCCGUUGCUAGAUCAGCCAAAUAAUAUAAACACCUUCCUACCUCCGCCUCCCCAGUUCGCGCCCCAGCCGGCUGCAGACGUUUCCAGCUGGGCUACUGAUUUCCAAAACCUGCAUAUUGCCGGACCGCAGUUACAGCAACCACUACAUCAGACCAAAGUUGAUACGCCUCCAUUUCAAGCUAGCUUGGCCGGCCGUCACCAUGAGCCCGCGCGUGGGGUGCAGCAAACCCCACAGUCUUCCAUGUUCCAGGGGAGUAUGGGUUACCGACCUGGAAUGGGCAUGUUGAGUAAUCCCGGAUUUGCUCGACCAGAUAAUUAUACACCGGCCACUACUGAAAACUUGCAAAGCCAGUCGAAGCCAGCCGAGGUCUUUGACGAUUCUGCCUUUGAAGCGGCAUUUGCGGAGGCCCGCGCAGAAAUUGAGUUACAGGAAUCUGCGCGGCAACAGGAGAAUUUAGAAGUGACACCAGAGGUAUCAGAGCCAGCGCCACUUGAGACCAUUAGAAUCGGUUCCGACAAUAUACCCGCCCAGCUUAAAGAAGGCAUGAACGAGUCUGAUGAACUGUCCAAGACGGCGGGAGAGCUACUUGACCGUGUGAGCCAUGAUCAAAGCCAGAAGUUCAAACAGAGCAACUUCCUUGCUUUGAUGAGACAGCUCCGUGACCGCGAAAUUGUCGUCGACGGUGACGAGUUCCGCAAAGUGCAACAGCCUUUACACCCCGGCGGACCCUUGUACCCGGAGCAGAGCAAGGUAUCCGGAACCCUUCCCGUAGAUCUAGACUCAACAGAGCACAGUGAAGCCAGCCCUGGCUUGCGCGUUCUCUUUUGGGGAUACUCAGUUGCGAAGUCCCCCCCCGAUCUCAGCACCGUGGAUAACAACAGAAAUUCACGCAUCAACCCUCCCCCUCGUCACUCUCUACCGUCCGGUUCUUCAUCGUCAUCAAGCGCUCUCUCGCCUCUUCCGCCGUCGUUUUCGUCUCUCUACUCGAGCGCAGACCACGAAGAAGAGGAAGUCGGCCUUGACCGGUUCAACAACCCUUCACCCUCAGUCGCCGAGUCAGGGGCAUCUUCACCACCCGCUUUUGCUCCGGCGCCUCCGUUCGAGGAAGCUUCUCCGUCCUCAGCACCAGUCACUCCUCGAGUAGUCACUGAGACCAAGGCCGAGCUUUCUAGAGACAAGGGCGAGUCGUCUGGCAAAGGUCAGGACGACGGUGAGCCUCCGCCUCCGUACACCGAGGGGUCUAUCCCACUCAAGUCCUUUACAUACGUGAUGGCGGCCGCAGGAGGGGCAUCGAGUAUCAUCACACAGGUCCAGCAGACUGGUGGGCCUCCGCUGAACUCCCUUGGAGAUAUCGGCGGAGAUGAGCACAUAACGCUGGAUCUGCGUGGCAUGAGAUUCACUCUCUCCCGCGACGAGCUCCUUACAUUGCCCGAGUUUGUUCUACUGUCCCUGUUUCCCAACGGACUGCUGCCAGAUGGACACAUGGGCUCGUUCCACGAGGGAGACGUAUACCCAGUCGACUAUGAUCCGCUAUCGCUUCAAUACAUGCUAGAUUUCUUCCGAGCUGUUGCUCAGUCAAUCCCGUCUUCUUCACCUUCUCCAACUACAUCACCCACUGUUGAGGCGGCUGAUCCCAUCCCGAACCCUGCGCGAGACAUGCUGCAGGAUCGUGCUGGAAUCAUCGUCCUGCGCGAAGACCUAGAUUUCUACGCCAUCCCUCCAACUGCGGAGAUUGAGCAUCCUGAGAUGAUGGAGAUCAAGCGAGCUGCCGGCCGUGCCUUACUCAAGCAGGAUGGGAUCUUCUCAGGACUACGGAAAAGUGAUGAGCCUGGAUCCACCGAACAACAUCUCAUUGAAAUGCUAACUGCAGGGGGAUUCAACCAUGAUGACAGAUGGGGCCAUCGUGCUGGCGAGCCAAACAAGGCUGUGAUAUGUAGCCUGGCGCUGGCCAAGCUACGGACCGACAUCAGAGGCGAUAUGGCCAAUAGCAAUGCUGUCGGCAUGGCACAGAAGCUGCUCCUAUUCUGGAGAAAGCCAGCUCGGCGAUGCUGGUGGGAAGGUGUCGAGCUUGAGAACGUCGAGGGGGUAGAAGGUAAACUAAAAGUCUGGAUCCGGAGAGUGUGGACCCUAGAAAUGAGUGUUAUCGGCCUCCGCUGA